AUGACUGAAACUCCGUUUACUGAUUCUACGGCAGCAAAUUCUGGAAAUAAUGCUGUUAAUUACAACGAUCCAUACUACAUCUCUAAUGGAGAUACUUCAGUUCAGAAUCUAGGUAUUCAACUCUUCAAUGGCGAUAAUUUUGUUGGCUGGAAUAGAGGAGUUUGUUUAGCCUUAGGUGCUACAAAUAAACUCGGUUUUAUUGACGGAACAAUUACAAAGCCUGAUCCUACGUCUACAGAUUUUCAAAAGUGGAUUAGAAAUGAUUACAUGAUAACCUGUUGGAUUUUGAGGUCCAUGGAGAAAUCUCUUGCCGAGAGCUUCGCAAGUUUAACUUCAAUUGAACAAGAUGAUCUUUCAAUUGCUGAAUAUUAUGGGAAAAUGAAGAAGGUUUGGGAUGAACUCCAAGUGUUUGAUGAAAUUCCUAGUUGUAGUUGUGGUGCUAUGCUAAGAUGCACUUGUAAUUUGUUGAAGAAAAUUCUAGAGGCUGAUCAACUUAAGAAGUUGAUUCAAUUUCUUGCUGGUUUACACAAAGAUUAUGAGCAGGUCAAGGUUAAUAUUCUAAGCAUGGAUCCACUACCUACGGUGCUUAGAGCUUACCAUAUCUUACAACAAGUUGAAAAACAGAAUCGUAAUUCUACUCAUUCUAUUGAAAUCAGUGCUUUAAUGGCUGGAAAACACAAUCAAUCUUACAAGUUUCAACCAUCUGGUCAAGGAGUUCAAAGAAAGGAUUUCAAGAAGACUAAAUACGACAAAUAUGAUAAGUUUGACAGAUUUUGUGAUCAUUGCAAAGUCAAAGGCCACAUGAAGGAUCAAUGUUUUAAGCUUGUCGGUUAUCCUGAGUGGUACACGAAUUUGAAAGGGAAAAGUGUCCAAAAGUUUGCUGCGAAUAUUGAUUCUACUGGAAUUCUUGGUAGCAGUCCUCUUGAUUUUGAUCCGGAGGAGCAGGCUGGUUCAAGUAGCGUUGGUACAAGCAAUGUUAGUCAAGAGAUGAUUGAGGCCGUCUUCAAAGGAGUGAUGAAAAUGAUGCCGAGUUCUAAUCAGCAAGAUAACAAUUACGCUGCACUCAACUUUGCAGGUAUAACUUCGGUUUCUAAUGCUGCUUCAUUUUGCAAAAUAUUUGAUGAAAAUUCCCGGAUCAUUGACACUGGUGCCAGUGAUCAUAUGGCUUCAAAUUUGGCUUUGUUUAAUACUUUACAAAAUCUAAAACAACCACUUAAAGUUGGCUUACCUGAUGGAUCUGUCAAAUAUAUCACACAAAUUGGCACAAUUCAAUUAACACCUCACAUUGUUUUGUCCAAUGUGUUAUACAUUCCUGAUUUUAAACACAACCUCUUAUCUGUAGGGAGAUUACUAGAUCACAACAAAUUAUAUGCUCAUUUUAGCCCUACUUCUUGUUCUUUUCAGGACCUUAUAACUAAUGAGGUCAAAGCUGUUGGAAGGAGACAAGCUGGAUUAUAUAAGUUCAGUGAGGAUUCUUUAAAAUUCAAUCCUGCUUCCAUUUCUAAUUCUGUUGCUUCUGCUAAUCCCCAAACCUCUGUACAUAUUUCCGAUGUAAUUAGUUUGUUGUAA